UCCGAAAAAUAAGUCAAAACAAUGCAUCCUAACCACAAUGUUCUUUAAGCCACGAAUUCUACUUAAUUAUAAAUUAUUAAAACAUAUUCCCAUAAAUAAGACUGUUUUGCGAGGUGCCAAAACUGCAAAAUUAAAAAUGAACAAAGCAUACGUGAGACAUAGCCCGGACGGUGAAUUUUUCGAUCUGAACUUCGCUUUAAACGGCGAAAGAAUCAAACGACCCUUCAACUUUACUCGAAAGGUCUCGGAAACAGUAGAAACAUUAUUAACUAGAGUGAAAACAAACGUGGAUAAGGCGGCGAAUAAGAAAAAGAAAAAAAAAGACGAAGAGCCCUACUCUUCAUCUGUAUCUUUAAUGUUGAACUCGACAGAAGUACCGAAAGAAGAGUUGUGCGAGAGGGUGUUUGUCCCCAAUGAGAAUCUACAGUUGUCUGUCAAUAAUGAAGUUUUUAAAAUAGUUAUUAAUUCACCUUGGGUUAUUGCUCUGAAAUUGCCUACAUCUAUUUUAGCUGGUUUUCCAACCUAUCCAUCAACCUUCGAGACAGUAUAUACAGAGAAAGAUUUGUCAACAUUUACAUGGUACAGUUCAAAAGACAAGAAGAAUUGGGAGCCAGUGGGUAAUGAUUUUAUCUACACGCCUCAAAACAGUGACAUUAACCACUAUUUAAAGUUUACUUGUUUGCCAAGGGGUGAGACGUCGGAAGGGCCUAUUUUCGAAGACAUUUCAACUUGCAAAGUUGAAGCUAGUCCAGGGGAGUGUCCAUUUGAGACAAGACAUUUAUUUACCAAGCACAAGUUGGUGGGUGAUCAGUUUAGGGUCGUCAGUUAUAACUUGCUAGCUGAUUUAUAUUGUGACUCAGACUUUUCAAGGGAAAGUCUUUUUCCUUAUUGUCCCCAUUAUGCUCUGAGUAUUGAUUACAGAAAGCAGCUUUUCACUAAAGAAAUUAUAGGCUAUAACGCUGAUAUAAUUUGCUUACAAGAGGUCGACAAGAAAAUCUUUAAAUAUGACUUAAACACUGCCUUAUCGCAUUUGGGUUAUAGUGGCCAAUUUGACCUAAAGGGAGGCGUGGUUGCAGAGGGACUGGCGUUUUUUUAUAAUACGAAACGCUUUAUUUUGCUUGAUUCAAGUAGUUUAGUAUUUGCUGAUCAUUUACAGACGGAACCAGUAUUUAGGGAUAUCUGGGAGAGGAUCAAAUCCAAUGAAAAGCUUUCCCAGAGGAUUUUAGGGAGAACAACAACGUUGCAAGUAAACGUAGUCGGUUCUUUGGAACAAGACGAAAUUUUGGUGGUGGCGAAUACGCAUUUAUACUUUCACCCUGAUUCAGAUCAUAUUAGGUUGCUUCAUGGCUGUCUGGCCAUCAGGUACCUUGAACAUUUUGUUAAAGGUGUCAAAGAAAGGUAUGAAGGAAAGAGAGUGUCAUUAGUAUUCUGUGGAGAUUUCAAUAGUGUUCCCUCUUGUGGCAUCUAUCAACUUUACACGCGCGGUUUAGUGCCGGGAGAUUUUAUAGACUAUAAAAGUAACCAGGAGGAGACAAUCCAAAAUAUUGAUAUGACGCAGAGUUUUCAAUUGGACAGCGCUUGUGGAACACCGAAAUUCACGAAUUAUACCGUUGGUUUCGCGGAUUGUUUGGACUAUAUAUUUUAUGAAAAAUCAAAUUUGGAGGUUUCCCAAGUAAUUCCUUUACCCACAGAGGAGGUCUUGAAGGAAAACACCGCGAUUCCCAGUAUUGUUUUUCCGUCCGAUCAUAUAGCGCUAAUAUCCGAUUUAAAAUGGAUUCGAAAUUAAAUAAAUGUUAUUAGUUUA